AUGCUCUCAGCUAAAGUGGACCCGGACAAGCGGAUUUCGAGGCGCUGGGGACACAGAGGGCGGCGACCUGGGGCAGGGGCAGGGAGCCCUCGUCCCCAUUGUACGGAGGAGGAAACCGAGGCCGGGGUCCAAGCCCUGUCCCCCCUCCCCCCGCCCCCGCCAGGCUUCUUAAGGGGCAUUUGCCAUCCCGGACCGGGCGCGGAGUGCAUGCUGGGAAGCUCCGAGAGCCGCUGCCCGGCCUCUUAUCGCCCUGCCAAGGCCAAACGGGCGCAGGCCGGAGGCCAGACCCGCCGGGCCCAGCCUGCGCCCAGCGCGGCGCCGGAGCGAGGCCCGGAGGGCGGCCUGGAGGCGGGGGCGCGGCGGGACCCCCGGGGGACCCCCGGGGCCGCGGGCGGGCCUUCUCCGGCCCGGGGCGGGCCAUGCGCCGCCCGGGCCGAGCCGGGGCCCCCGGGCUGCGGGCGGCGCUCGGAGAUGGCGGUGGGAGAGCGGGAUGAGGCAGCUGGCAACCCCAAAACCAGUACCAUAUUAGGACAGGAACUAGCCCCCCGAAGACCCUCCCUCUCCUGGGUGGCCCGGACCAAAGAGCGGCCCCCCAUCCAACGGAGAAGAGAAGGCGACCAGCGGCCCCGGCAUCCCCCCCCGCCCAGCGAGACGGAGCCGGGCAAGGGGAACCGCCGAGGCGCCUGUUCCCCCCCCGCCUUUUCCUGCCAGAAGCGGAAAACCCUUCUCGCCGGGGGGCGUAAUUGUCAGUAUCAGAUUUCAGAUGAAGGAAACGAGGAAGGAGGAAUUGCAGGCCCAGCCGGCCGCCGGGCCCUGGGCCAGGGCCCCGGGGGGGAGGCCCCUUCAGUGGGGGCUCUGCAGCCUGGGCCCCGAGAGAGGCAGUCCCCGGCCGAGCCAGGCUUGGCAGAGGCUGCUGGGAGGGCAGCCCGAGCAAGGGCUGCCAAAAGGCCCCACCUGCUUAUUUCUUUCCGGGCCACGGUGGCGGUGGCGGUGGCCGGGGAGAAUCAGGCCCAGCUGGGUGGGGACGCUCAGGCUGCCUGGGUCCCAGGGCCCGGCCCGGCCAAGGCAGCCACCCUCCCCGGCUCCCGGCCCCCCCUUGGCCUGGUCCCUGCUCCACAGCCCGGGGGUCGCAGGGGAGAAAUUGGGGCCCAGCCCGGGGUCCCUGCCCCGACCUUGCCCCGAUCCCCUUUCUCCUGCCCUCCCGGCGGCCUCAGAAAAUGUGCCCUGGGGACUCCUGGGAGCCCAGCUUUGGAGGCUGCCCUUGGGGCCACUCCUGGCCUGGCCAGGGAGAGCGAGGAUGUAGAGGAAGUGCCCCUUGUGCCCCCCUUAGAGAAGGGAGAGCGGGGUUCUGGCAGGGGGCGCAACAGGGAGACUUCCGAGUCAGAGCCCCCCCGCAUUCGAGUUCUGCCUCAUGUGGUGACAGUAACUAACGAUGGCAGCCAUGGGAAAGGUCAGGGACCUGGCCGGGGUUCUCAGGGCCCGCCAGGCCGUGGCCGCUGCCGCCGGGCCAUCGCCCCGUCUCCUCGGCAGGAGGCCAGGGAGCCAAGAGGCCGGAGUCCAGGGGGAGCAUCCCGCCGAUCGGGGCCCCCAAAUGUACCUCCUGCCCCCCCAUCCAUCCAGCCCUGUGUGCCGGGACUGGGGGGGGGUCAGAGCCAGGCCCCAACGCCCUGGAGGGAGAGACGGGGCAGACUCCUCGGGAGGGAGGGGGGGAGGUUCGGCGUUCCCGUGUCGGCCCCUGCCUCCGCCCCCGGGUCCCCCGCCCCUCCUCCCCACGGGGGCGCAGCUGCAGCCUCUCUGUCUCCGCAGGUCCGGGAGAUCCUGGGCCACUGCACCUGCCCGAAUCAGUUCCCCAUGAUCAAGGUGUCAGAGGGCAAGUACAGAGUGGGAGACUCGAGCGCCCUCAUCUUUGUUCGGGUCCUUCGGAGCCAUGUGAUGGUGAGGGUGGGAGGAGGCUGGGACACGCUGGAGCACUACCUGGACAAGCACGACCCGUGCCGCUGCACUUCCGUGUCGCAUCGGCUGCCCCAGCCCCGGGCGCUGACCUUCUCCCCUCAGAAGGCGUCGCCAGCCCCCAGCCCCAGAGCCUCCAGCCCCGGGGCCCAGCGCUGGCCAGACGCAGGGAGCCCGGCCCCGGGGGGCGAGAGGAGGGGCUCCCGGCCCGAGGGGCUCCCGGCCCGGCUCGGGGCGGGGGGCACUGGCUCCCCGCAGGCCUCCACCCCACCCCGGGGCCAUCGGGAUGGCCCGGAGACGCGCCAGUCCAACCCGCUGAGGCUGCCCCCGAGGUCCCGCCGCUGCUCAGGUGACAGUGACUCCUCCGCCUCCUCUGCACAGAGUGGCAUCCUGGGCUGUUGCCGGGGAGAAGAGGGGUCCCCAGGACCCCGGAAGGACAGUAACAGCCAGCGAGCGACCAGGGUCCCGGCGGCACUCAGGAGACCCCCGGCUCACCGGAGCAAGUCUCGGGACCGGGGCCCCGGGCCCGGCCCCCGUGUGGAGGAGCGGGGCCGGCCCCGAGGGGCCCAAGGUGGAAGGGACGCCCGCCCGGCGGCUCCGAGCCCCGCCCGGCGGGCACGCAGCCAGGGCCGCGAGGACCAGACCAUGCUCCUCAUCCACCGAGACAGAGACGGGCAGCACUCGUGGGCCCGGCCCGGCGGCUCCGGCAGAAGCACCCCCAGGGCCAGGAGCCCUGCGCUUCCCCGUGCCCGGGCCCAGCCCGUGGCAGCCCGGGAGCCCCCCCGGCCCUUGCAGGUGGUGGACACGCUCUGCCAGGAGCUCGAGGAGCUGGCUCGGACCUUCCGGGCCCCCCUGCAGCUGGACGCCCGGCAGGAGCAGCAGCUCUACCGCUGCCUGGAGGAGGAGUUCCUGGCCAACUCUAAGGCGCUGGAGGCCGAAAGGGCCUCCCUGGCCCCAGCCCCCCAGACCACCCCCGAGCCUGCGGCCCCUGACUCUGCCUACUGCUCCUCCAGCUCCUCCUCUUCCUCCCUCAACUUCUUUAGCAAGCACGCCCCCCCCGGAGAGGCCCCCCGGCCGGGCCCGGCCCCCAACGGGAUGGCCGCCGUCCCCAACGGCUCCGGCGACGCAUGGGACCCCAGGACCCCAGCCCGUGGCCGGGCGCCGGCGCUCUCCAGCUCUUCAGAUGAGAGUAACUACUGCCCUGCGCUCAAUGACGUGCAGGAGGUGCCCGAGGGGGGCUGGGGCGAGGCGGAGCCGGGGGGCUUGGGGGACGAGCGCGGGGGGCCGGGGCUGGCCAGGCUCCCCGCGGACUUGCUGAGGCCGUGUGCCCGCCCCCGGGUGGACAACCAGCCCGACAGGAAGCCAUCCCGCAUCCCCACCCCGCUGGCGCCCCGAAGGCCUUCGGCCGAUCACAGAGCCUGGCAGGGCCUGCCCUCGGCCUUCCCCGAGCCCCUGACUCCGGGGCCCAGGGGGGAGGGCAGGCGGGAGGAGGGGGCCUGGAUGUGACCCAUCCGAGCCCCCUCCAGGCCUUGCUGCUACGGCCGGAGGGGCCCUGGUCCCGCCUCCCGGACCCCGGGGCUAGGGCUGGGGGGCCAGAGUUGGCUCCCAAUGGCCCCUCCCCUAAGUUUGUUCCCCACCCACCCCUUCUUCCUUCCUAUGUGGCCUUAGUUCUAAUUGGGUCCCUGGACCCGUCCGUCUUCCGGCCCUGAGUCCGGGGACCAGCGUCAGGGAAAGAGGAGCGGACCCCGCUGACUGUACGGCAUGGAUCUAGGGCUUGGGGGCGGCAGGCCGUCUGGGUGGUCCCCGCCCUCCCCCAAGUGGGCAUAGCAGAUCUAUUUAAAUCUAAUAUAUUGAGAGAGUGUGUGAGUGAGUGAGAGGAGCGGCCCCUCGGCUCUGCCGACCCCCCCCUGCUCUGUAACCCCGCCCUGAGAGAUUCUGAGCUCCAGAGAGUAAACUAACGCGCAUCGCCCUCGGUGUGGUUAUUGGGGGGGUGGAGGGGGCCCGGGCGGGCGGGGGCAGGCGAGGGGCAUCUGAGGCCCGCGGGGGCCCUCCCUCCGGUCCGGCCGCCCAGGGGGGCCUCGUCUCCAGAAGGGAAGCACCCCCACGCCCGCCACGCCCCCCACCCUAGUGUAAGCCGGAAGAAGCCCUUUCCCGAGAUCGGGGAGGGGAUGGAGGCCGAUGAGCCCGAGGGGCCGCAGCUGGGGGGGUCCCCCCGGAUAUCAUGGCGGAAGAGAGCCAUCCGGGAGCCGCUAGGUGGCGCUGCCAUGGAUAGAGCUCUGGUCACGGAUGGGGAGCAAACCCAGCUAGCGGGGGGGCUCUGGGUAAUAACCCCGGUGUCUCAGAAAUAAAAAUGCAAAUC